AGCAAAGAAGAAAGCAUAAACCUCAACAACCGAACAAGAAGUACAUUUGUAAGUUGCUACACUUAAAACUUCCUUGUUUGUCAAUCGUUAUACUUGUGUAUCCUUUCACCAUGUUUGCUAGACUUGUAAUUGUUGACAGAUGGCAGCAGUGAAAAUAAAAAACAGAAUGGAAGCUGUAAAUAACCUUGCCUCGCCUUGCGCAUGCUGCUUUACUUGAAAUAUACUAACAUAUUGUAGUUUUUUUCUCAGGAGUAGGCAGGAUGUCCGUGACUGAUGGCGGCACCGUGUUUACAUUGACCUCAGACCCCAAAAGUUUUUUGCCUCCUCUCUUCCAAAUCCUCUAUACCCGUUGCCCUAUUAAGUGUUCAGUGACCCAGGACUUGAGAACAGCCAUGGGGACCUCUCAGUCGUCACUGGGGGCCCUGCAGAUCAUGGUUGGCGUGCUCAACAUCUGCCUGGGAAUCAUCCCCAUGUCCUAUGGUGCUGGCACGUGGUGGUACAUUUAUGUCAGUUUUUUUUCUCUCUGGAUGGGACCAGUGUUUAUGAUCUUUGGCAUCUGGUGCAUUGUGUCCGAUAAGUACCCGAGUCCAUGUCUGAUCAUCAUCAGUCUGAUUCUGAACCUUUCGGGUGUGGGCUUUGCCAUUGCCGCCAUCGUACUCUGCUCCAUCAACAUCGCAAUCAUACCCUACAGUCUGGUGGAUGAGUGCCUGCCCAGAGGUGAUAACUUCUGGCGCACUGACUAUCUGACAAAUAUGACCUCCUAUGAGAAGGACUACUAUGAGCAAUGUAUGGAGGGAAAAGCCAUGAUUCUUUUGUUCCUGAGGGGCAUCAAUGGUGUUCUGCUGUUGCUGUGUGUUCUGGAGCUCUGCCUCGUCCUCAGCUCUUCUGUGUUGGUCAUGAAGGCUCUGAGGAGUAGCAACGAGAGUGAAGAGAGGAGCCUGGAUGAUACAGAACCCUACAAACCACUUCUUGAGGAAGUCCUGCCUGCCAACUCUUCAGCCUAA